AUGGAAAACUGGAGCGGGGGAAAUAACCCUCUAAUGAUCAUGCCUCUCCUCUCUUCCACCGCCGCUGGGGCCAACAACCCUCUCCUGCUCCACCCGCAACCACCACCUCCGCCGCCGGCCGACGCCUACGACACCACCCUCAUCAAAGCCAAAAUCAUUUCUCACCCUCAAUACCCCCGUCUCCUCUCCGCCUACGUUAACUUACACAAAGUGGGCGCUCCACCGGAGGUAGUUGCCAGACUUGAAGAAGCCUGCGCUUCUUCCUUAAUAUCCGGCGGCGGCGGGGGCGGCGGCGGAGGAGAAGACCCAGCGUUAGAUCAGUUCAUGGAAGCUUAUUGUGAGAUGUUGACUAAGUAUGAGCAAGAGCUUUCAAAGCCUUUUAAAGAAGCUAUGUUGUUUUUAUCUCGCAUUGAUUCGCAGUUUAAGUCGCUCUCGCUUUCUUUGCCUCCUGCUCCUUCUCAAGUGUGUGCUGACCUAGAGAAAAACGGUUCGUCUGAGGAUGAUAUCGACUUGUGUGAUAACUAUGUCGACCCUGAAGCCGGCGACCGUGAACUCAAAGGCCAGCUCCUUCGCAAAUACAGUGGUUACUUGGGAAGUCUGAAGCAGGAGUUCCUCAAAAAGAGGAAGAAAGGAAAGCUCCCCAAGGAAGCCAGGCAACAACUGCUUGACUGGUGGACUCGCCACUACAAAUGGCCAUAUCCUUCAGAAUCUCAGAAGCUAGCACUUGCUGAGUCCACAGGCCUUGAUCAAAAACAGAUAAACAACUGGUUCAUCAACCAGCGAAAGCGUCACUGGAAGCCAUCGGAGGAGAUGCAGUUUGUUGUAAUGGAUGCAGCUCAUCCACAUUAUUUCAUGGAUGGCGGCCUCGCCGGUAAUCCAUUCGCCAUAGACUGCACGCCUCUACUUUGA